UUUUAUAGAGAUAGUAGUUGUUGGAUAUUGAUUAAGUAAAGAAGAAAAUUAUGCCGAACAAGUUUGAUGAAAGCCUUCAAUCUGUGUGAUAUAAACUGAAAUCAUUUGACUUCCUGUUUUGAAAAUUACUCUUAAGACAAUCAUUUUACGACACAAUGACGACUUUGCUCUGUAUUGUGCUGAUCCUAUUACAAGCUACUACCAAGAAAUGCUUUGCAGAAUUCAAUCUUAUUGAACGUAUCAGAGCAACCGUUACAACAAGCCAAUCUAGUACAUUUCAUUCAAAUAAUAAUCCACAAAAUUUCAACUCUAGUAAAGCAAUUGACGGAGUGCAGAAUUAUUCAAUAGAUACAUGUAAAUGCUGCAGUGUAACAGAUGGAAACUCUCCUUCAUGGUGGCAAAUUGAUCUUGGACAAAAAUACCUGUUAGGUGGUUUGCAAAUAUUUGGACGUGCAGCUUAUGAAGACUCGCAAUUGGAAUACGCUGAAGUUUAUGCUAGCAACGUGUCAAUGAAGCCAGGAAAAGCUGCAGAUAAAGUGAAGGUUUACGACGUUCCAUCAAUGAAUGCUUUGACACGGAAUUUUACAAAACAAUUAGACGCAAUAAUCGCACAGUACUUCCUAGUAGAAUUGAACCAGAAAGUGUUGACUCUGUGUGAAUUCAAGCUAAAUGAAAAAGUGUGUAAAGUCGGUAACUUUGGAUCGAAAUGUUUGCAUAGUUGUCACUGUUCAGACAAUAGCACAUGUGAUCAAGUAACAGGGAAAUGUCAGACCCCUGGUUGCCUAGCAGGCUGGACAGGAGACGCAUGUGAAGACGGUGAGUUAUCACUAAAUGGUUGAAAGAUUUUCUCAUUUUUUGUUUAUCUUUAAUGUCUAAUUAACAUUCGUUAUUUUAUAGAAUUUCAAUUUAUUUGCUCUAAUAAUUGUUACAGUAAUUCUUAACUCGGAAAAUCUACACUCUAGAUAUCGUAAUAAAACUAUCUUUAAAAGGUCAUGAUUAACAAAAUUAAUCUUGAUUUGCCUUAUAAUUGUUAUUUUGUUUCCCAUUGUAUGUGCAUUACUUGACCAUGCCUUGUAUGCUUUAGGAAAAUGAAAGUUCUUGAUAAUUGGUAUUUUUAUGUCAACCAUAACUAAUAAUGAAAAUUAUUAUUUCAAUGAACUCUCAUGUUCUUGAAUUAUAGUGGUAGCAGUGAUGCUAUAAUAGUAAGGCAUUUCAAGAAGCUGCCAUUCAUUCAGUAGAAGCCCAAAAUCUACUUUUGUUCAAGACCCGGAACAACACAUUUUGUCUCUCUAACAAAACUAUCUUUAAUGAUACGGGCUUCAGCAACUUUGUCUGUGCUUUAGCAAUUCCAUGCAAACUGUAACUUAGAAACAGUUGUUUCACUUUGAUUGAUAAGUCGUACCCUGCAAAAUGACUAGAUUUUAACAAAUAUGCACUUUUUACAAAAAAUGGCGUCCUUGACAUUUAUAAUCAACAGCACAUGAUUUCUGGCCAUGCUUUCGAAUUUGCCAGAGUUCACAUUAGAAUCACAAAAACAAACAUGAUAAUGAACAUGCAUUUUAAGGACAGCCAGUCAUUUAAAUCAUGAAGAGUCACCAUAUCCAAGAAAACCUGGCGAUUUAAAACUGUAGCUAUAUUAAGUUUGUGUAUUACCUGACUAACCUGAGUCCAUUUUAAUCUAGUUUUAUAAAAUACUCCAGCAGUAGGUUAUCGCUCGCUAUUAUUUCCGACAUUUCUUCUCCAUCCAUUAUUUGCAAGCAUCAAUUUUAAUUAUUCCUUCUCAUGAAAAGGUAGAAACAUGUUUGUUUACUCUAACUGAGGAAUGAGGAUAUUAAAGUUCACCUAGAAGUCCAAAGAAUUCAUAAUGUACAAUAUACGCUGACAAUUUUCUCAAAAAAGAAGUUUUUCCUUGCGUUUAGAGAAGAACAAAGUAACUAGUAGCAGACGACAGGCGAUCAUUAAACAAACGAACACAAUUUAAGUAACAAAAUGGCAACUAUGUUAUCUCAUCUUAAUUUUUUAAAGUAUAAUAUAAUAUUUUUGCAGUCCAUACGUUUUAUUGCCUUAUAAAAGCAUCGUUUUGUCCGGUCAGUUAUACCUCGUUCCAAAAUCAAAGCGAACAACAAAAGUUUUAAGUGCAACUCAUACAAUUCACAAACAAUCUUUUGAAUCAUGGAUGUGUACACAUGUCUUUCAAUCAUAGGCUCUGAGAGAUAUAAGAACAUCAGCAACAUUUAUGUCUACGAUUUUG